AUGUCUCACAUAGCCAUCCACAGCAAUUCCAUCCUGCCGCUGCUUGCUUUCAUCUCCAUCCACUUCCUUGCCUUGUGUCAACACACAUCACCCGCCGCACUGAAUGAAUACAGUGCUCUCCUCUGUCUCAAAUCUCAGCUCCUCGACCCAUCAGGUGCAUUGGCCUCAUGGAGAGACGAAUCCCGUGUGUUCUGCAAGUGGCAUGGGGUGACAUGCGGCAGCAUACAGCAGGCAUCUCGAGUCAUUGCACUGGACCUUGAAUCCAAGAACAUCGCUGGCAGCAUAUUCCCUUGCGUCGCCAACCUCAGCUUCCUUGAAAGGAUCCACAUGCCCAACAACCAGCUCGAUGGCCAGAUUUCUCCUGACAUCGGCCGGCUAACCCAGCUUCGGUACUUCAACCUCAGCAUGAACUCCCUUAGCGGUGAGAUACCAGAGGCAAUAUCCGCAUGUUCCCGUCUUGAGACAAUCGACCUUGAUAGCAAUUCCCUCCAAGGUGAGAUCCCUCCAAGUCUUGCUGGGUGCUCAUCCCUUCAGACUGUUAUUCUUGGCUACAACAAUCUUCAGGGAAGCAUCCCUCCACAGCUUGGCCUGCUACCCAAUCUGUUCACACUGUUUCUCCCCAGCAAUAAUAUCACAGGAAGCAUUCCUGAAUAUUUAGGGCAGAGCAAAAACCUCACGUGGGUGAAUCUUCAGAACAACAGCCUAACUGGAGGGAUACCCAGUGCUCUGUUCAACAACACAUCUCUUUCUUACAUAGAUCUAUCACACAAUGCUCUUUCCGGGUCUGUCCCACCUUUCUCUCAGGCAUCUUCCAUGGCACUGAAUUACCUUAGCUUAUACGAAAAUCAUCUCUCUGGAGAGAUUCCUAGCUCACUUGGUAAUCUUUCUUCCCUGGCUUUCUUACUGCUUUCUCAAAACAGUUUAGGAGGAAGGAUUCCAGAGAGCUUAGGUAAGCUUAAAACCCUGCAAGCACUAGACCUCAGCUAUAACAACUUGUCAGGCACCGUUGCACCUGCACUUUAUAACAUCUCCUCUCUUAUUUUUCUUGGACUUGGGGCCAACCAACUUGUUGGUACGCUUCCCACCAGUAUCGGCAACACCCUUACAAGCAUCAGAGAUUUGAUAUUGGAAGGGAGCAGGUUUGAAGGUCCAAUUCCAGCUUCACUGGCCAAUGCCACAAAUUUGCAAUAUCUAGAUCUCCGUAGCAAUGCAUUCACAGGUGUUAUUCCUUCACUGGGAUCCCUGACCUUGUUGAGUUACCUAGAUCUAGGUGCAAAUAGGCUUGAAGCUGGAGAUUGGUCUUUCAUGUCCUCUCUAGUCAACUGCACACAGUUAAAAAAUUUAUGGUUAGAUAGAAACAACCUCCAAGGUAUAAUAUCUACUUAUAUCACCAACAUCCCAAAAAGCUUAGAGAUCAUGGUUCUAAAAGAAAACCAAUUCACAGGUUCUAUACCAUCAGAGAUAGGAAAGUUCACGAAUCUCACAGUAAUUCAGUUAGAUAGUAAUUUUCUUUCAGGGGAAAUUCCAAACACGCUUGGGAACCUCCAAAACAUGUCUAUUCUGACCAUAUCCAAAAACCAACUUUCUGGAGAAAUCCCAAGAUCAAUUGGGAAGCUAGAGCAGCUUACUGAACUUCUUUUCGAGGAAAAUAAUUUGACCGGUCCCAUACCUUCUAGUUUAGAGGACUGCAAACAACUGACAACGCUCAAUCUUUCUUCCAAUAGCUUGUACGGAGGCAUUCCACGGGAACUGUUUUCGAUAUCUACACUUUCUGUUGGCUUAGACUUGUCCAAUAACAAACUCACUGGAGACAUACCGUUUGAGAUUGGUAGAUUGAUCAAUCUGAAUUCACUUAGUCUUUCCAACAAUCGAUUAUCAGGUGAGAUCCCCUCCACACUUGGUCAGUGCCUUCUUCUGGAGUCACUCCACUUAGAAGCAAAUAAUCUGCAAGGAAGCAUCCCAGAUUCUUUCAUCAACUUAAAAGGCAUCACUGUGAUGGAUCUUUCACAGAAUAACUUGUUUGGUAAAAUUCCUGAAUUUUUUGAGUCACUUAGCUCUUUACAGAUUCUAAAUCUAUCCUUCAAUGACCUUGAGGGCCCUGUCCCUAGAGGCGGCAUCUUUGCUAAACCAAAUGAUGUGUACAUCCAAGGAAACAAUAAGUUGUGUGCAACGUCUCCAGAUCUACAAGUACCACAGUGCUUGACAUCAAGACCCCAAAGAAAGAAGCAUGCCUACAUUUUAGCUGUUCUGGUUUCACUUGCUAGUGUAGCUGCAGUCACAAUGGCCUGUGUUGCUGUCAUUAUUUUGAAGAGAAGGAAAGGAAAGCAACUAACCAUCCAGCCAUUAAAGAAGCUAAAGAAUUUCUCGUAUGGUGAUUUAUUCAAAGCAACAGAUGGUUUCUCUCCUAACAGUCUUGUUGGAUCUGGAAGGUUUGGAUUGGUAUACAAAGGUCAAUUCAUGGUUGAAGAAUGUGCAGUUGCCAUAAAGGUAUUCAGGCUUGACCAAUUUGGAGCACCAAGUAACUUCCUUUCUGAAUGUGAGGCAUUGAGAAACAUUCGCCAUCGGAAUCUUAUAAGAGUGAUUAGUGUAUGUUCAACGUUUGAUCCAACUGGAAAUGAAUUCAAAGCACUCAUUCUUGAGUACAUGGUAAAUGGUAACCUAGAAAGCUGGCUCCAUCAGAAAGAGUACACAAAAAGCACGAAAAGACCAUUGAGUUUAGGCACACGAAUAGCAAUAGCUGUGGAUAUUGCUGCUGCAUUGGACUAUCUUCAUAAUCGAUGCACUCCUCCUUUGGUACAUCGUGAUCUGAAACCAAGCAAUGUCCUUUUGAAUGAUGAAAUGGUUGCAUCUCUCAGUGAUUUCGGUCUUGCAAAGUUUCUUUCUGUUGACUUUUCAACUGGAUUCAAUAAUUCAUCGAGUGCAGUAGGACCAAGAGGAUCUAUCGGUUACAUUGCACCAGUUUUACACAACAUUGCAGAGUAUGGUGUGGGGUGCAAAAUCUCUGUUGAGGGUGACAUCUACAGCUAUGGAAUUAUUCUGCUGGAGAUUAUUACAGGAAGGCGACCAACUGAUGACAUGUUUAAGGAUGGAGUAAACAUCCGCAGCUUUGUGGAGUCAUCACUUCCACUGAAUAUCCAUAACAUUUUAGAACCAAAUCUCACUGGAUAUCAUGAAGGUGAAGACGGCGGACAAGAAAUAGUUGAAAUGCAGCACUGUGCCAUGCAACUCGCAAAUCUUGGUCUAAAAUGUUCUGAGAUGUCAUCCAAGGAUCGGCCAAGAACAGAGGAGGUUUAUGCUGAAAUCUUGGCCAUCAAAGAAGAAUUUUCAACAUUGUGCUCAUUGGGAAGUGUAUCUACGUUACUGUAA